AUGGACGACGACAGAGCCAAAGAAGAAGUCUCGCUGCUGUCCGAGUUCUACACCGAUGAUGGUGACCACCACACACAAUCACCCCCCACGCCGCCUCCGGACUUUGACAUCAAAAAUGAGGAAGGCGAACUCACACGAAGCCAGACUACAGUCGGCUCCGUGAAGUAUCUACUCGGUCAAAUCAUACUUCUAAUUAAGACUGCGCUGCUAUCACUCGUCCCCAGCUUCAUACCGCGAUAUGGCUCCACGGCAAGGGAACCUCUAUCAGACAGGAGGCUGUCACCGACAGCAUAUCUAGAUGGCUUACGAGGUAUUGCAUGCUUCGCGGUCUUCCUCGUUCAUUUCGUCCACAACUGGUUUCCUGGCCUGAACCACACCUAUGGCGCCUCGCCAGCCGAUAAUCACAUCUUCCAAAUGCCCAUCAUCCGCGUCAUCAUGGGGGGAGAAGCAGCUGUCUCGACAUUCUUUGUGAUCUCGGGAUACGCCUUGUCGUAUCGAGCGCUGAGCAAAAUCCAGGAGGGCAAUAAAGUCGAGUCUUUGGAUGUCCUAUCCAGCUCCACUUUCCGAAGAUGCAUGCGAAUCUAUCUCCCCUGUGGUGUAAACACCUUCAUUUGCAUGCUCUUGCAGUACAACGGUUUGUUUACUCCAGACCCGUUGAAGUGGAACACCAUUCCACCCCAAUUGCCCACCUUCCUGGCCCAGCUGCAAGACUGGUGGAGCCAUCAGAUGGUGUUGAUGUAUCCUUUUCAUGACGUGGAAUCGGGCCCGUACUCGCCACCUUACAACGGUCACAUGUGGACAAUCCUGCUGGAAAUCCGCGGGUCCUUCGUGGUAUACGGGACCGUUCUCGCUGUCUCGAAACUCACUCCCUUUUGGAGGGCGGCGUGCUUGUUCGCUUUUGAUUCCUACCUAUGGUAUAUGGCCAAGUGGGAUCUGUUCCUCUUUGUCAGUGGCAUCAUUCUUGCGAACUUGGAUAUUCCGCGACACGUCGCCGCUAAGCGGGGCAACCUUCCACCGGCGGUUCCGGAAGGCGAGGUUUACCUGCCCACCCACGAGCCGGGAAUGGUCCAGAUGACGAUCGAGACGCCCAAGCAUCAUCAUUUCCUCUCGAAAGUCAUGCAAUUCAAGCAAAAAAACUCGGCUGGCUUCCAUCAAGUUACCGGUCCGAUCUUCCUAGUUGUACGGAUGUUUGCCCCUUACAUACUCUUCAUAGUCGCCCUCUGGCUCCUCUCCGUCCCCCACGUCCCUUUCGGUAACGACUUCCUGUUCUCCUUUGUGCCCGCAAGAUACGCCACCAUCCACGCCUUCUUUGGCAAAGAGAACGCCGCGAUCCGAAUCAUCGGCUCCGUCAUGCUCGCAUUCUGCCUCUCCCUCUCGCCCGCCUCGCCGCCACGCAGCGACGCUCCCGAAUCCGACGAGGCGCCGCCGCCGCCGAGCCUCUUCAGCCGCGUACUCGCCUCCUGCCGGAACUUCAACCUGCAGUGGCUCUUUACGAACGCCUUCUCGCAGUACCUCGGCCGCGUGUCCUUCGGCUUCUACCUCAUGCACGGCCCGGUCCUCUUCUGCAUCGGCACCAAGAUCCUCACGCCGGCCGCGAACGCGUGGAACGCGAACCACGACGAUCGCGCCUACCAGCUCAGCUUCGCGAAGGCGGUGGUGGUCAACACCAUCUGUGUCUUCUUCGCAGCGGAUUGGUUCGCCCGGGUGGUGGACGAGAGGUCGGUCAGGUGGGCAUCGGCUGUGGCCAGGUUCAUGUCUCGCAAGGCGAAGACCGUCGCUGCGUCCGGAUCUUGA